AUGUCCCACUACAAGCUGACCAGCACUGUUAUCCUCCAUCUGGCCAACGAGACCGAGUCUUUGGGCGAAAUGGAUCUGAGCGGUAACAUGACCCGACAAGUGGAGGUGGACUUGCCGGUUGAGUCCGAUGCAAGCCACGUCGCCAAUGUUGGUCGACUCGUUGAGGAUAUGGAGCUGAAGAUGAGGAACCUGCUGCAGGAGGUCUACUUCGGUAAAGCGAAGGAUGUCGUUGGCGAACUCCGGAGUCUGGCUUCCUUGUCGGAAGCAAGCAAAGACCGCGCUACCCAGCGGGAGAUGAUUAUGUCCAUGCACAGGUAG